AUGAAUUCAAGGAGGUUCAAAUCUCGUAAAUCAAGAACCAAGGCGAAAAAACCCAAGUUCUUGAGCCUACGUCUUCAACUUUCACCGGAUGAAACUAAAACACCAGAAAAAUCUAUAGAGAUUCCCACCUCCGCCGCCGCCACGGAUGCUUGCCACCAGCUAGACUUAUUCCCACCACACCCUGAAAAUUUAGUGGAAGAGAAGUAUACUUACACACAUGAUCAAGACAACGUUGCUUACUUCUUCUCCGCUGGGGACGGCGGAGCCACCACCACUCUUACCGGCCUCCUCGACGCCUCCACCAUCACUACCUCUUCCUCCAAAAACAACAGCAUCAGCAUCACUAGUUUAUCGCCGUCAGCUUCGCUAACGUACACCUAUGGAGGACAGAACAGCAGCGAGCUUGCACGGACGGCGUUGAGGAACAGGGAGAGAGAGCCCAGUGAAGAAAAGUGGGUGUAUUACUCGGAGGUUGUGGAGAGGAAGUUGAAAGAGGAGGAGGUUACUAGUGUCGCCGCCGAUGUACUGUGCAAAGAUCCGGCCGACAAGACACAAUUGUUGUCUUUGAAGCUGGACUAUGAGGAUAUUUUGAAUGCUUGGUCCGAUAAAGGUCCCCUUUACAUACAUGCAGAGGCUCCACAAACUGUACCUGACAUUAACGAUGAGUUUUUUGGCCAUGAAACGUCCCGUGGGUUCAGUUGGGGAUAUAAUGGAGGAUCAUGGACAGUACCAGAAAUGGCAGGAAAUAUCCAUAGUGGUGGGAUUGGAGUGAAGAAAGAAGAGGAAAUGAAAUUGGGGCAAAGGGAGGCCAGUGUUUUGAGGUACAAGGAGAAGAGGCAGAAUCGACUCUUCACCAAAAAAAUACGUUAUCAAGUAAGAAAACUUAAUGCUGAAAAACGCCCUCGUGUUAAAGGCCGAUUCGUCAAAAGAGAUUAG